AAGUAUAUGAUGGAUUCUAUUUAUGCUGAGGGCACACUAGUGAAAGAAUUUAAGAAACAAAUUAUUGAAGAAGCAAAAGUACAAGGAAUUGACUGUGACCUUGAAUUAGACAAGAUGAGAUUACGUGAAAAGAGAGGAGUGUACCCUGGUAUAGUAUAUCUUGAUCAUCAGACAAUUCGUGCUAUUAAGGAAACAUAUUAUGUGGAACUAUUGAAAGGACCAGAGAAGAUGAAGAAUCAUACACAGAUACAGGCAUAUGUUAUAAGAUGGCACCCAUCACAAUGUUCAGUUGAUCCAAUAGAAGAAAUUUUACUGGACAAUGAUAAUGAUCUUAAGCAUGUUAUUGAAAAGCUAUCAGAGUUAAGUGGAGUACCUACUGAGUAUAUCUAUUGUGCAAAGUAUGGAUUAUCAUUAUUUCCAGUUGAAAUAUCAUGUCUUGAUAUUGAGAAUGAGUUGAAAUGGUAUUCCAUUAUUUCAGCCUUAUACUCAUUAGGACGGUAUUAUAGUGAUGGAUAUGUCAUACAUUACAAAGACAAUAGAGAGACAAUAAAAGAGUUAACAGAUAAAGAGAGAUCAGAAAUACAAGAGGCAGAGGAAGCAAGUAAUGAUGACACUGGAUUGUCCAGUAAUAUUCAUGUUAGUACUAGUAUCUUCUUCCUCUGCCUCCUCAUCUCCACUCUCUCCUCCUAG